AUGGAGAGCCCUCAUGAGCAUCAGCAGAACUUGCUGCUGUCACGCAUCAUUACCAAUGUGGAGAAACUCAAUGAGGCUAUUGUCGUGAUGAACAAGGCCUUGCAGGAAAUCAACAUUCAAAACAUGAACAUUGAGCUGGUUGCGCAGAUGUUCAAGAACUACCAAUCUAACGUGCUAUUUCACCUUGAGGCUACUGACAACUUGAAAGAGCCCUCUUGA